GGAGCUGGGAAUGGAGCCGACUGCCAAGCGAGGGUUGGUGGUCACCAGUACCUGCUGGGCACUGGGGCCACGCUCCCUGCCAGAGCUGCUCCCGUGGGGCUGUGGCUUGGAUGGCUCUGACCCUUCUGCCUCAGGUGUUCCAGGCAAACCUGUGGGUGCAAAGGUGAGGCUUCUGUGGGCUGAAUGUUUUCAUGCUGCUGAAGCGAGGGCGUACCAGGCUCUUAUCUGGAGAGUGCUGGCGCUGGCUGAGGGGCCGGCUGGGGCGGCACAAGGAUUGGGCAGGUGGGUGAAACCAGGAGAGGUAAAACAGCAAAGGGAAGGGAAACGUGUCCACACACACGGGGCUCAGCCUGGUGGCUGGAAAAUCUGGGAUCCAGCAAGGAAUGCGCUGCGAGUGGAGAACCUGUUGUGCAGAUGCUGCUGCCAGAGGGACCCAGUGAGAAGUGGGUAUUUGGGGGGCUAAUCAUGGAGCAAGAGAGGAAAAUAAAAGUAAAAUAGCACAAAGAAGUGAAAGCCAUGAAAAAAAACUACUUUAAGUGACCAGGUGGUGAGUGAGAAGCUGGUGGAGGCUCUGACGGGGGCAGCCAGGGCAAGGGAGGGCAGGGUCUGCAGGAUGUGCCAGGGCAGAGCCUGGAUCUUCCCAGUUGUGUUGGGAAAGAUGAGAGGAGAGAUUGCACCAAAACUAAACUUUGGAGUGGGAGGAGAAAUGAUGAAAGAACCCCAAAUUUCACAACCCCAAAGGCUCAGGGACAGCAGCCACCAGUGCUGGCCCCGGGUGCAUCCGUCCUGUGCUGUUGGGCAGGGGGAGAUGGAUGAGUGGCCGGGGAGCUCGGCACAAGCCACUGGCACAGGGGACAUUGGCAAGUGUCUGUGUGACCCCGGCGAGUGGGAGAAGGAUGGGCAGGCGAGGGUCUGCAUCGGGAAAUGAGCUGGAGGGACCCGAGCCUGGCACAAAGGGCCGGACUUUAAAACUAAAGGUUGUCAAGGCCUGGAGGAGGGUUUGGUUCGCAGCAGCGGCACUGGAGAGGGACCCUGAGCGCGGUGGGUGAAAGGCUGCGGGUGCAGCCGCGGCUCUGGAGGUCUGGGCUGGGCAGGAGGAGGAGGAGGAGCUGGAGGAGGUGCCUGUGUCGGUCCGGGAGCGGUGCUGGGACAGGAGUGUGUGCCGUGUUCUCCUGCCCGGGCACCGUCCUGCGGCAGCUCCCUCGGAGCAGAGGGGCUGGCACUGCCCUGCAUUCCGGGCUCUGGGCAGUUUCCUGGGGGAGUGAAAUGCAUGACCCCACCUCACUUGCCAGUGUAUUGGGAAACGGUGUUUCCAGCUGCCUUGGCAAGUCCCGAGGCGUGAACAGGGAAGUGAGAGCGGGAAGUGAAACAGCCGCCCCUGCCCUGUUCCUGCUUCCCCGUGCGCUGCUUGUGCAGCAAAUCUUCUGCAGCGCGUCCCGGGGCUCGGUGUGCGAUGGAGACAAGUGCCGAGAGCCAUGACAGCGUAGGCCGGCGGCGAGAGAUGAAUCGGUUCAGCGAGUGCGGGACGCAGACGGACGCGGUGGUGGUGCUGUCCCUGGCACAGGCUGCGGUCCUGGGGCUGGUGUCCGAUAAUGAGCUGCUUGGGGCCACCGUCACCCCGACCGGCUUCUUCCCGGGGCUGGCCGGGGAGCAGCUGGACAAUGCCACCAUGGAGCCUGGGGAGCCUGAGGGUGAGGAGCAGGCGCCCGGGGACGGGCAGGACGAGGACACCCUGGAAGCAGACUCCUCCCUGGAGAAGCACGCCCGCAGGAGGAAGAGGCCACCCGUGAGGCUGAUGCCCAAGGUCAAGAGUGAGAAGGCAGAGGCGGAGGCUGAGCCACCGUACAGCGUGUCCGUGCCUGGGGACGAGGAGGGCGAGGGGCAGCACGGCCACGCGCCCCAGCCCGCAGAGCCCAGCCAGGAGCCGGCAGUGCAGAGCGGUGCCGUGAAGAUGAUCGACCUGGGCACCUUCAGCAGGAAACCCCGACGCCUGCGGCACCUGCGCCGGCAUCGGGAGCUGGAGGGCACCGAGCGCCGGCGCAGGGGCGGUGACCUGGCCAGCGGCACCGCGGGGACCCCGCAAACCGUGGGCACCUUCGAGGCGGGUGCCCCGUCCCCGGGUGAGGCAGAGGCCCCGGCACCGGCAUCCCCCGAGCAGGUGAAGAGCGAGCAGGGCUGUGGCUGGCAGGAGCCGGGCGAGCUGGAGGUGGCUGGAGGCACCAGCGAGCACAGCAGGAAGGCGCAGCUGGACCGGCUGGACAUCAACGUGCAGAUCGAUGACUCCUACCUGGUGGAGGCGGGGGACCGCCAGAAGCGCUGGCAGUGCCGCAUGUGCGAGAAGUCCUACACCUCCAAGUACAACCUGGUGACCCACAUCCUGGGCCACAACGGCAUCAAGCCCCACUCCUGCCCACACUGCAACAAGCUGUUCAAGCAGCCCAGCCACCUGCAGACCCACCUGCUGACCCACCAGGGCACACGGCCCCACAAGUGCGGGGUGUGCGGCAAAGCCUUCACUCAGACCAGCCACCUGAAGCGGCACAUGCUGCUGCACACCGACAUCAAGCCCUACAGCUGCCGCUUCUGCGGCCGCGGCUUCGCCUACCCCAGCGAGCUGAAGGCGCACGAGGUGAAGCACGAGAGCGGGCGCUGCCACGUGUGCGUGGAGUGCGGGCUGGACUUCUCCACGCUCACCCAGCUGAAGCGGCACCUGGCCACGCACCAGGGCCCCACGCUCUACCAGUGCCUGGAGUGCAGCAAGUCCUUCCACUACCGCAGCCAGCUGCAGAACCACAUGCUGAAGCACCAGAACGUCCGGCCCUUUGUCUGCACCGAGUGCGGGAUGGAGUUCAGCCAGAUCCACCACCUCAAGCAGCACUCGCUCACGCACAAGGGCGUGAAGGAGUUCAAGUGCGAGGUGUGCGGGCGGGAGUUCACCCUCCAGGCCAACAUGAAGCGGCACAUGCUGAUCCACACCAGCGUCCGGCCCUACCAGUGCCACAUCUGCUUCAAGACCUUUGUGCAGAAGCAGACGCUCAAGACCCACAUGAUCGUGCACUCACCGGUGAAGCCGUUCAAGUGCAAGGUCUGCGGCAAGUCCUUCAACCGCAUGUACAACCUGCUGGGGCACAUGCACCUGCACGCCGGCAGCAAGCCCUUCAAGUGUCCCUACUGCUCCAGCAAGUUCAACCUGAAGGGCAACCUCAGCCGGCACAUGAAGGUCAAGCACGGGGUGAUGGACAUCAGCCUGGACAGCCAAGAUGCCAUGAUGGAGCUGGCCGGGGCUGAUCACACCGAGCUGGAUGGCCAGCAGGAGAUGGAUGACUUCGAGGAGGAGAACUCUUACGGCUACGGGGCUGUGGGCAACCCCCCAGACGAGCACACGCUGGCCGAGCAGGCCAUGAAGGAGAUGGCCUACUACAACAUGUUGUAGCCAAGUCUGGUGGGGCUGUGGGGGCUUGGUGGGGUUAAGAGGGGCUGCAGCACCCAGCCAGGCCCCCCAGAGCUGGAAGGAUGGCUUCCACUGGGCUUGGGGAACACAGGGAUGUCCAGAAGACUUUGCUGGACCUGCCUUGACUCUGUUGCUGCCCCCCUGCCCCUGCCUGCACCCUGCAUCUGGUGACUUGAAGCUGCAGGCAGGGGAGGCAUGACCCAGCAGAUCACUGAAUGAGUAAGGGAUGGAAGGGGCUGCUGUGGAGCAAGAUGAUGAGCAUCACUAAUUAUUCUACCUCCUGGGUCCCCCCUCGCUGCACAGGGGUUCUCCCUGAUGGGCAGAAGCCCCUGCCCGCAUGAGGAGGUGGGUUUGCAUUUCCCACUCCCCCUGGGGCUCCCUGUGCCAGGCCCUGGGACACAGAACAGAGUAUUUUCAUAGCUCAGGGUGCAGUCAGCGCCCACAGCUCUGGGUCUGGAGCUGCAGCCAGCGGUGGAUCCGGGGGAGGCAAACCCAGCCCAGCCUCAGCAAAUGAUGGUAUUUUGAAAGUAAUUUAUUUUUUUCAGAUGUGCCGCGUGGUUGGAUUUAUCUUUUCACUGAGUUCAGUUCCCUUCAACCAAUGUGCUUUGUAAACCCG